GCCGCGACCUGGACAGCGCCGAGGGCGAGAGACAGAGCCCGCGGGCCGGGCGCUAAAAGCGCCUGGCCAUCCGCACGCCGCGGUCCGAGAGGAGGAGCCGCCGGCACCGCCGCCGCUCCCGCCGGCACCCCAUGGAUAAGGCGGGCUCGCUGCACAGCUCGGUGCCCGGGCCGCCGCCCCGGCUCUACCUGCCGCGCAACUUCAGCUGCAGCGCCUGCCUCUAUGGCAGCCUGGCCGAGCAGUGCAGGGCGGGCUGCAGCCCCGACGGCGACGCCGCGCCCACGCCCGUGGUGCGGGAAGCGGCGGAAGAGAAGCCGCCGCCGAGCCGCGGCCGGGAGCCCACGCUGCCCGCCGUGCCCCCCAGCCCCACGCAGCGCCGCCGCGCCAAGUCGCUGCCCACGCCCGGCGACCGCAGCCUGCGCCCCGCGCUGCAGCAGAGCCCGUCGCGCCGCAAGACCGUGCGCUUCGCCGACUCGCUGGGGCUGGAGCUCACCUCCGUGCACCUCUUCUGCGAGGCCGACCUGCCGCGGGUGCCGCUGCCCGCGCCGCCGACGCCGCGCCCCGCCGACCUCCUCAAGACCAGGAAGCCGCCGGCGCUGGGCGACCUGGAGCCGGUGCUGUUCGGGCCGCCGCCGCCGCUGCUGGAGCCGCUGUUCCCGCCGCAGCCCGGCGCCAGCCCCGGCUUCGCGGAGCGGGUGCGGCAGCACAAGGUGAGGCUGGAGUGGGUGCGGGCAGAGCCGGCGGCGCUGCGCGGGGCCGUGCGCGUCCUCAACCUGGCCUACGAGAAGGUCGUGUCGGUGCGCUACACGCUCAAUGGCUGGGCCAGCUGCGCCGAGGCUGCCGCCACGUACCAGCCGCCCGCGCCGGCCGACGGCAUCACCGACCGCUUCGCCUUCCUGCUGCCCCUGGGCAACGCCGCCGCCGCCGCCGAGACCGCGCUGGAGUUCGCCGUCCGCUACCGCGUCGCCGGCGCCGAGUACUGGGACAACAACGAGGGCAAGAACUACCGGCUGCGGGGCCGGCAGCGCGUCCCGCCCGCCGCAGGGCCCCCGCAGGACCCCGACAGCUCUGCCUGGAUCCACUUCAUCUGACACGGGUGUAAACGGGACCCCUCCCGGGGGAUCGGCGCGCCGCCCUCGGCGCCUGCCCCGCCGCCUCCCCGCAGGAGUUCUCCCGAGUUCUGUUUACAGAGGGGUAAUUUGUGUUUUCUGUGUCGCUAGCGGGGCCGGGGGGAACCCUGGCUCGCCUCCCAGGCGCUCGCGGGGUGCGGGAGGGAGGCCGGGCGCGGGUUCCCCCUCAGUGUCCCUCAGUGUCCCACCAAAGCAGCGGCUGCCGGCCGGGCUCCGGUGACAAGGGGCCGGGGGUGUGCGGGAUUUGCCGGUCAGGACCGGGAUCCGCAGGUGAGUGCACAUCCUCCCGGCCCCGGAGGUCAGGCUGAGCUGCUGUCACCUCGGCAGGUUACACGGGCAUCCCUCCGUCCUGCUGCCUAAUCCUGCUCAGGCAAAGCUCGGAUCCGCGCUCAGCGCCUCGCUGUUAAUUGUCCCGCGGGGUCAAGGGCCUGACAGUGCAGCUAACGGGCAGAUUAGUUUUGAACCCAAAAAGACAAAAGUAUGGAUGCCCCAAGGCGUAGCUGGGUUUGUAUGCAGUGAAAGUAUUCGAUUUAAAGCAAAGAUUUUUUUUUUUUAACUUUUGAACCUUGUUUCGGGUAUUUAAUCAUAGUUAGAAAGCAAAAAAUAGCAUCACGUCCUAUUUGAAAUGCAACUCGCUGAGAGAUUUUUAAAAGAAAGUGUUUUGGUUUAGACUUCAUGUGGUAUGUUGAUGGAAAAGUUUGUCAGGAUCUGGUGUUUGUUUCAGUAGGAUUGGUCCCACAGAACUGCUUGUGUUCAGGGCAGCAGGAAAGUCGUGGAAUUGCACCAAAAGAACGAGAGACGACAAGAGUUGAAUCCGUAAUUCCAGUCUGCACCAUGAGCAACACCUUCAUUUUUAUUCCUUUUGACAGUUUAAUUAAACAGUAUCACUGCAGCAGCCUGCUUUCUGAAUUUCCUGCUCCAAAUUCUUCAGAAUAAUUUCAGUAAGUGAUGGAUUUUACAGAACUGGUGAGGUUUAAUCAGAGAAAUCAAAGAAAGUUCUACCUUGCCAUAUAAAAGUAUAUCAAUCAAAAUUACACAGCAUACUGACUUCUGCCUUCAAAGGUAUGUUUUAAAUUAUAUUAGCACUAAACAAAGCAUUUUCCUUUUUAAACAUGCGUUUUCAGGAGUUCAGCUGAAUACAGGUUGUGCUGGUGCCAAAUCUGGGUGCUAAUUUUCCAGGAUUGAGACAUGAAUGUGUUUGCUGGAGUGGGGCCUCUGCAAAUAUAAUUAAUGACACUGGCAAAGCCAUGUCAGUGUGAUUUUCAGGUUGUGAAGGGCUGUAACAUCAGGCCUUUAGGUUUUGAAUUUUCCGUGGGUUUCAGGAGGAAAUGCAAUUUUUUAAACUGCAUUUUUGUGUUUCUUGAAAGGGUUAAGUGUCCCAGGCAGCUUGAGUAAUGUCUGGAGUAAUGAGUUCUCACAGAACCUUUUGACUCUGGUGAGAAUUGAGAGCAGUUUUGUCUCCUGAGGGUCUGAUUCAGUCAGAAUAAUUAAACUUAUAAAUUCUGGGGGAAAAAGAGGUCUGGAAACUCAGUGGGAAAAGGACAUUUAAUUUCAUUUCUGUAGAUUACGGGUUCUGAUUUAAUGGAAGUAAUAGCAAGGCUGCUUUCUGUAGUAUUGGUAGCUUGGUUUUAAUUUCCCAUUCAGUGUCCUAAUCCCUGUGCUUGUAAUGAAACUAAAUUUAACAGAAAUACACUGUCAGCAUCUACUGAGUAUUUCACAUUUUAGGAGAUUAAGGUCCCCAUCUUGUAAUACAGUAAUCCUGUAAGUUACUAGAACACAUUUAUAAAGUUAGAAUUGCACAAAUAGGGUCUUAAAAUGUUCAUGAUUAAAACAUAUUAAGAGGUGUAUUUGGUAAAGCAAGCCCAAGUGUCUUUUAGUUGAACUUUACUUCUUAUAAGAGCCUUAAUACUGGAGAGAAGGAAAAGAACUUGUCUCCAUUUGAAAGCACUUUGAAAUCUGGUAGAAAUAUAGCAAACCAUCAUUUAUUUAUGUGUUGGCCUUUUUAACUGACAGAGAGAACCAACAGCAGCUAUGUGGACUAAUGAAAUUGCUUGGAGAAAAAAGUGGUUUCUAUGCAUUUUAGAUCAACUGAUGCUGCAACUUUGCUUAUGAAGUUUUAACAGGAUUUUCUGCUUAUUGUUUCAAUGGCUUUAAAAACAUGGACAGCACUAAAACCAUUUUUAACACUGAGCAAUUGUAGAUCUCCAAAAUAAUUUCCCAGUGAUUGGCAGUUUUCAUUGUUUUUGAUUUAUGCAGCAUAUGUAGGUCUCUAAAAAUUCUCUAAAAGUCUCUAAAAAAGUUUUAAAAUCUCCUUCCAGCACCUGUGGCUUAAACACUUUCAGUCUGGAUUACCUAAGUGGAUGUACCUGCAUCAAGUGCACAAGGAGAUUUUUGUAUUUCACUUUAUUUUUGAUCAUGACUUAGGUGAACUUACUGUUGUUCUUGGUUGGAAUUUUGCAGGCAGAAUUGGUCUUUACAAUACUGUUCAGAUAUUACCGUUCUUUUAUUUAUGGCCACCAUUGCCAAACACAAACCUGAAUAUUCAGUCUUUUGAAGCAUCCAGGAGAGUGUUUUGCAAAACUCUCUUGAGCUUUCAAGCGGCUAAUCCUGAUCUUAACCUAAACUUUGUAACUUUAUGGGCUUGAUCAGAGAGUAUUGAUGAGACACGUGCAAGUCCAGUAAAAGACGUGGUCUUGUAGGAGGUUUAGAGACAGCUCCUUUGUAAUGCCAUUGAUGAAGGCUGUGGGAGGAGAUGGAGGUGUUUUCACAGAAAUUAUCAGUAGCAUAUGCCAAAACUGCACUACUUCAAUUACACAUUUGCACUUCUGUCACAUGAAUUUAUUUCCAAGAAAGGUUUAUUCACAUUUCCAAAUAAGUGUUCAGUUCAGUGGCUGGGAGUAUUUUUCCAUUCAUGUAGUUUUCAAUCCAUUAGAUUUCAGUCUGGGCCCAUCUAUUCCAUCUAAUACUUGCUAGAAGCACUGUGAUAAGUGGAGAUGAAAUAGAAAUGUCAAAUGAUAUUUAAAUAAUACAUAAACAAUGACUUUGAGGAUAAAAACUUGUUGAAGGGGGUCAUUUUCAAGUUGCCAGAACACCAGUUAUUUUUUUGGGAGCUUGAGCAAAACAUAUUUUUAAAAUUUUAUUUCUAAAGGAUAUUGUCCAAGAAAAAGCUUUCAUAAGCAAAGUUAAAUAUCUGAAAAAUUUCAAGGCAAUCUGUUUCUAGAAAAAUUGAUGUUAUAUGCAUGAAUGGGGCUCAUGCCUCCUCCCUUUGCAAGUGAUACCAGGAUGGUUUAGGCAAGGCAAUAAUCCUCUGCUUGUGUACUUGACUUGAAAGUGAAUUAUUCAUUGCUCCUGUCCCUGCAGGUGUAAAAAUGAGUCUGUCAUUUAUGGUGCAAAGUUGUAGCUUUAUGAAAUGUGCCAUGUUGUUUUAUGGGCACUAUAAUGCUCAUUUAUCCAGCGAGUUGAGUUGUACUCCAUGUCUGAUGGACAUGGAUGUUUGCUGCUUCACACUGGAACUGGUUGGGUUUUUGCAUGUGAUUCUAUGCCUUCUGUGGCAAUAUUUUGGAUAUUUACCCUAAUUAUUAGAAAUUCUAAAACAAAUGACAACUAUUAAGUGACUAUAAAUGGAAUUUCAGCUAGCUAAACAUAUUAUUUAUUAGCAUAAAAUCAUUAACUGAAGGUGUUGUACUUGCUUUCACUAAAUGUACAUAAUUUCAGGUAAAUUAAUUUCUUUCUCCUUUCACCAUUUGCAAGUAACUUUUUGAUGUGAAUGUGUGUGCCUCAGUAUCUCAGUAAACAACAGAGUAAGUGCACACUCAGUUGUUUCAGCAGAUGUGAGGGGCAAAUAUAUCACUUGAAUGAACAAAUGCCUGUUCAUGCAUGAGCAUCAUCCCUUUACAGAUAUGUGAAAUGUUUUUCCAUAAUGCCAACAGGCAAGCAGCUGCUAAUUUUAAUGUCAAGUAACCUGCAGAAAUGCUCAGAAUCUGAUUUUUUGAACAUAUCAUAUAUUCAAAUUUUUAUGUGCCUUUCAGCAUUUCCUAGAAAUAAAGCUCACGUGUUCCUUAGCUCUCCCACCACAAGUCCAAUAAUGAACUUGUCAUUAAGAUGAAAUUUUACAAAAAUACAAUAAUCUUAAUUCCUGACACAUUUUUAGCUGUGCCAGAAAUCAUGCAUCUAUAGCAGUCAGAAGGAUUUGAUAAUAUUUUCUCAUGUGACAGUGAAAGGUUUGUCAGUCAGAAACAUGUCUUCCUGUACACCUCUGCAUUUAUGUAGUUGAGUAAAAAAGAAUCCAAUUGUGACUACAGUUAAUAUAACAGAAUAUGUUUGUCAUAUAUUUCACCUCUUGCACAGAUAUUCUAAAUAUUCUAUCUGAAGCCAGAAGUUCUAGUUUUCUAUGAAAUCUGUUCAUGGAGACCUGGCCUUUUCAACUUCUGCUGUUACUUAUCUGAUGCUGCAUAAUGCACAUUGUUAACAUUUUUUGAUGGGUUUAAUCUGUACACAGGAUUUAUAUAAUGAAACAAAAGUGCUCAGUGCAAAGAAUACCUGAAGUAAAUUACUUUUGCCUUCCAGCUAUUCUGCAUGGCUUUUUGGCAAACCCCCAGCAAUUCUGUUUCUUGUACAUACUCCACAUGCACGUGCUUGGAGUAAAUGGAAGGAUUACUUAAAGGAAUGGAAAUAUUUUUGAGCACUGAAAUUAAGGAUUUCCCAACAAAAAUCAUUCAAGGCAAGAAGUAAAUAUAGUCAAUAUUGCUGUAAAACAAAGCCCACUGGCCUUACGAAGAGCUGAUCAGUAUUUUGUUUGAAAUGGAAGAGAGUGGUGUAUUUCAAGAUUAAACAUAUUCAGGGAAACACACCUGUUCAGUGAAGGUUUUCUCAGGUUCAGCUGACAGGAGACAAUUGCCCUAAAAUAAAGAAGUGAAAGAGUAUUUCCUUACAUCUGUGUAUGGGUUGAAUGUAGGUCUUCCAUGAGCAAAGUGGAUACUGAGCUGUAAAACCAUUGGCUAUUGCUUGGAGGUUUUCUUUACCCAACUUACAAAUAUAGUUUUAAGAUACCCUCACAGAAAGGAUUUUUGAGCCUGAGUUUGCCCAUCUCGUGUGAAUAUCCUCUUCAUUAAUCACUCUGGCUUUUGCUUGAGGCCUCUGUUGUUGAGGAAAGAUUUGAUUUUAUUUUUAUGCUAUGUAGGAAGAUUAUUUUACAUUAGAUUUUUGAAGGGAAAGGCCAGGGAAAUUUUUUCCUUGCAAUUCUCAUUUUAUAGAUAUUAAACAAUAGCAUGAAGUAUAAAAAUUGCUUGAAAUUACAUAUGCACUAGUGAUUCCAAAGAAUAUAGCUAAGAAUAAUGUCAAGUGUGAGAUGUGCUUUUUAAAAAAAACAUAUGUGCUUUGAUCUAGAAAGGCAGGGAGAAAGUCCUAGUCUCCAGUGCAAGCUAUUAAUGCCAGGGAUUUCUUUCUAUGCAAUUCUAUGGUGCACCUGUUUUUAUAGGGAUUAACUUGAUUGGUGUAGUUCAUGUACCAGUGUGUUAUGUAUAGAAUACUCUGUUUAAAGUGUCAUUAAGGAAACUGUGUGUCUUAAAUGGUGUUACAACUUUAGGCUCUUUUUUGUCCAACCUGACUUCACUAAAUCAUAAGAAACUCCUGUGAAUAACAAUAACAAGACAAUAUUUCAUAACAUUGCAUAAUCAAGUCUCACACGUUACACUUAUCACCUUCUAGGACAAAAGUUGUGUUACUGUUGUGAGUUUUCAAAGUUUUUGUAUUUCUGUAUAUUAAAAAGCCAAAUUGUGCUACACUUUUAAACACAAGGAGCUAAUAAGUGUGUUUGUAAAGCUGAUCAAAAGUAGUCAAACUAAAAUUGGCUGGGAUUACUCGUGAGUCAAGUUUCUGAACUGUGGUAUAAAAAAUAUCUGUGACCCUCCUGUGCCUCCUUCAUGGAGGGGCACCCUGGGUGCAAAACCUGCCAACAUCUAGACACGAAUCCAGGUUGCACUGCAGGAAAAUUGCUGUGGCAGAAUUGCUGUUCUUGGAGAGGUUUGAACAAACCCAACUCCUCCCUUGUAGCGUUACACAAACAGAGGUUCUGUCUGUUGAAGAGUGUCUUCUUCAACAUACAGGUUUUUAUUACUGUUUCUUUGAUUUACUGUGACUUCAUUCUGAAAAAUAAUUGUUACUUAACUCUGUACUUGACUAGUAAAUUACUUUUAGUUGUAGUGUCUUCUCAAUGUUUAUAUUUCACCAAAUAAUGUUUGUUUCUAAUGUUUGUAAAAGUUAAUGUAAUAUCACCAAAAGUCAAAAUCAACGUUUUCUAAUAAUGCCUUGUAAUUUACCUAGCCUUACAGUAUUUCAGAAAAUUUUCCACCAAAACUGCAUCUAGUCACUGCUUGUCACAAUUAUGAAAAAUAGAUAUUUAUAAACCUGUAGCUUCUAGCUGCCAUUAAAGAUUAAUGAGACAAAUCAUGA